AUGAAAAAUCUAUUUGGCAUUGCAUACCUCUGAUCCGGCUUGGGUGAACCUAAAGAUGUUGUCAAUAAAGAGUACGUCCUGUCCCUCCUGAUCACGGAAGUAUUCGACAACAGUCAAACUGUUGGGACAAGGAUGUUCCUCUCCUCUACAUUGGUGCUGCUGGUCACAGCACUGACCAGCGUCUGGGCCCAAGACUCUUACGAAAUAAGGAAAAUUAGCAAGAAAUCCAGGCCCAAACAUCUGGCUGCAAAUAUUGAUGACGGACAAGCCAUCCUAGAUGAGGACUGUAGCUUGGAGCUAACCUUCCUGUUGGACAGCUCUGAGAGCGCCAAGGACAACCAUGAGCAGGAAAAGCAGUUCACUAUGAACAUGGUGGACAGACUCCAAGGGGUACAGCUGCAGACCGGCCGCAGCUUGAGCUUAAAGGUGGCUCUGCUGCAGUACAGCAGUCACGUUAUCACAGAGCAAACCUUCAGAGACUGGAGGGGCACAGAAAACUUUAAGGCCCUCAUCGCUCCCAUCAUCUACAUCGGGCACGGCACCUACACCACCUACGCCAUCACCAACAUGACCAAGAUCUACCUGGAGGAAUCCAGCCCCAGCAGCAUCAAAGUAGCCCUGCUGCUUACAGAUGGUAUUUCCCACCCGAGGAACCCUGACCUUUUCUCUGCUGUUGCUGAUGCCAAGAACCAGGGCAUCAAAUUCUUCACUUUGGGCAUCACUCGGGCAGCCAACGACCCAGCCAAUUUAGCCCAGCUUCGUGUAAUCGCCAGCUCCCCAGCUUCCCACUUCCUCCAUAAUUUACAGGACGAAGACAUUGUUGAAAAAAUCGUCACCGAGAUUACUGGCAUUACUAAUGAAGGAUGCCCUCUGGCUCAGAGAUGUGCUUGUGAGAGAGGAGAGAGGGGACCAAACGGGCCUGCGGGGAAAAAAGGUCGCUCCGGAAACGAUGGAGCCCCAGGGCUUAAAGGGCUAAAGGGUGAUGCAGGACUAAGUGGUCUACCCGGGCGUGAGGGUGCUGAGGGAAAACCAGGUUACAAAGGAGAGAUGGGUGAGAGGGGUGAGUGUGGCACUCCAGGAAUCAAAGGAGACAAGGGUCCUGAGGGUCCAAUUGGAACAAGAGGACUUAGAGGUCUGCAGGGGUUACCAGGACCACAGGGAGACGUUGGACCCGAGGGCCUUCAGGGAAAGCAGGGUGAACGUGGCCCAUCUGGCUCUUCAGGAAUUCAGGGGGAAACUGGUGUUGGACUUCCUGGAUCAAAAGGUGACAUGGGAUUCCAGGGCCGACUAGGUCCUCCCGGUCCCCAUGGAGUGGGUGAACCCGGCCUUCCUGGACCUCAAGGACCACAAGGUGUUCAAGGGGGAAAAGGACCCCAUGGUGAGGGGUUUCCUGGACCAAAGGGAGAACAGGGUCUCACUGGACCGAGGGGGCCAAGGGGACAGCAGGGUGCAGGAAUCAAAGGAGAAAGGGGUGGCUUGGGACUUCCAGGUUUUCCAGGGCCAACUGGACUGGCGGGAGCAGGCAUGCAGGGAGAGAAGGGAGUCGAGGGUCCAAGAGGUCCGCCAGGAGUCAGAGGACAUCCAGGUGAAGGUUUAUCUGGACCAAAGGGAGACCAAGGUUUACCGGGAGAGCAGGGAGCCACAGGAGAGAGAGGCUUUGGUGAGCCUGGUUCAAAGGGGGAGCUUGGAGCCUCUGGUUUGGGUGGCCUGCCUGGUCUUCCAGGAGAGGAUGGAGCUCCAGGGCAGAAGGGGGAGGCUAGUUUACCUGGUUUAAGAGGUCCUGAGGGAGCACAAGGAAUUGGCACUCAAGGAGAGAAGGGUGACCAGGGUUCGAGGGGCAUCCGUGGGUUACAUGGGCCUCCUGGGAUCUCAGGACCCUCUGGACCAAAGGGUGAACGUGGGAUAUCAGGCCAGCAGGGCAUGCCGGGACAGCCAGGACGGUCCAUAUCAGGUCCAAAGGGUGAUGUAGGCUCUGCUGGUCCCCCUGGUCCUGUUGGAGAAGCAGGCCAUGGAUUACCUGGUGCAAAGGGCGAUCGUGGCCAUUCGGGUUCAACAGGUUCAGUUGGUCCAAAAGGCCAAGGCAUCCCCGGCCCUGUGGGUCCUCUAGGCCCGCCAGGAUUACCAGGCGAGUCGGGUCCAGAAGGAGUAGGAAUUCCUGGUCCCAAGGGGGAUGUUGGCUUUAGGGGAUUGACAGGUUUGCCCGGCCCACCUGGAAAGGGCUUACAAGGACCACCUGGUACUGUUGGGAGGACAGGACCUGUUGGUCCAGCUGGACCUUCAGGAGAAGGUACUCAAGGCCCGAAGGGUGAGCCAGGAUCUCAAGGUAUGACUGGGCCUAGAGGGCCUCAAGGAGAUGGAUUUCCUGGAGCUAAGGGUGAUCGUGGAUCACAGGGUGAAAGGGGAACGAAAGGUAUAAAAGGUGACAUGGGUGAUCAUGGAGUCCCUGGUGAAGCAGGAAGGUCAGGAGCAAAAGGAGACCAAGGCCUCACAAGAGAGGAUAUUAUUAAGCUGAUCAAAGAAAUCUGUGGAUGUGGCAUCAAGUGCAAAGAGCGGCCAAUGGAGCUUGUGUUCGUCAUUGACAGUUCAGAGAGUGUCGGCCCAGAGAACUUUGAAAUCAUCAAGGACUUUGUCACCAGGUUGGUCGACCGCACCACAGUUGGACGCAACGCCACCAGAAUUGGACUGGUCCUCUACAGUCUGGAUGUCCAUUUGGAGUUCAACUUGGUUCGCUACAUGAGCAAACAAGACGUUAAGCAGGCAAUCAGAAAAAUGCUGUACAUGGGUGAGGGCACCUACACUGGCACCGCCAUCAGAAAGGCGACUCAGGAGGCUUUCGUCAGCGCUCGGCCUGGAGUCAGGAAAGUAGCCAUCGUCAUCACCGAUGGUCAAACUGACAAACGAGAGCCUGUCAAACUGGAAAUAGCUGUGAGGGAAGCUCACGCUGCAAACAUUGAGAUGUACGCCCUGGGGAUUGUCAAUUCUUCUGAUCCUACGCAGACUGAGUUCCUGCAAGAACUAUACCUCAUUGCCUCAGACCCCGACAGCGAACACAUGUACCUUAUUGAUGACUUCAAUACUCUACCAGCACUGGAGUCUAAACUCGUCAGCCAAUUCUGUGAAGAUGAAAAUGGCGCCCUCAUUUACAAUCGCAUUACAAAUGGACACUGGAAUGGCAACAAUGGGCAUGGUAUUAAUGGAAACAAUGGAAAUGGAGAGAGAACCAAUGGAUAUAAUGGCUAUGGCAAUAAUGGUUAUGGUUAUGGAAAUAAUGGAUAUGGGAAAACUGAAAAUGGUCACAAUUACCAAGAGGAAAUUCAAAAUCAGAGACGCACCAACAGCCGAGGGCGAGGAGACACUUUCACACUGCCCAUCAGUGCUGGUCCUCUUCCAAUUCAGGUGGUGGAAGAUGAUGAAGGUGAAGAUUUAGACAUAAGAGCCCAAGCGCGGGUUGGUAAUACUGUAGCUAGUGUACCUGUAGUUAACAAAACAAAAUCUUUAUCGCUUGUGAGAGAAAGCUCCGUCUCCAAUGAGGCCGUCUUAUCUACCUCGACGUCUAUAUCCUCAUCGGCAACAUCUGUGUCAACACUGGACUCAGUUUCAUCUUUAAACUCUAAUCGGUUGCAGCCAGUGGUGAGCCCAGUCCUGUCUAAAGAGUCCCGCGUUCUUGAUCCUCGCUGUGACCUUAACUUGGACCAAGGCACCUGCCGAAACUAUGACAUCCACUGGUACUAUGACAAGCAGGCCAAUUCCUGUGCACAGUUUUGGUAUGGAGGCUGCGGUGGAAAUGGCAACCGUUACGAAACAGAGGAUGAAUGCAAGAAGACUUGCGUUCUAUUCAGAACAGCAGGAUAA